GUGCUAACUUGCAGCGUAAAUUCAGUCCCCGCUACGUGAAACUUUGCACGCCCGCGUCUUGAGGGGAAGAAACAAAAGACGGCGUGGACGGAUGUUUUGAAACCAGCAGCCGUCGAGCAAAGACGAAUCUCAUCUAGCAUGGAGAAGAAGUAACUUAGUGGUGGGAGGGCCCUCGUUUCUUCUCAAUUCUGACCCACCGAGUUUGCGCAGAUUUGGCGAAAAGUUUGCAGAAUAUCACGCCCUAAGCGGGCUUGUUGUAUCCCACAUGCGACAUUGUUUGUGAGGAAACAUGAUUUGGGGGAAAAUCCAACCAGGAGCGUGCAGAGCAUGGCUGUCUCGGGCUUCCGUGAGGCAGGAGGUGUGCUUCUCCUCCUCCUCCUCCUCCUCCUCCGUGCCCCCGCAGCCGGUGCCGCCGCUGGUGCAGACCCUGCAGGGCUACCUGAGGACCCUGGAGCCCCUGCUGCCCCCGGACGAGCUCAGCCACACCCGCAGGAUGGUGCACGAGUUCGGCAGCCCGGGCGGCCUCGGUGCGCGGCUGCAGAGGGGUUUGGAGAAGAGAGCCAGACACGCCAACAGCUGGAUCACACCCUGGUGGGUGCAGUGGGCCUACCUGGAGAGCAGAAUGCCACUCCCUGUGCACUCAAACCCGGCCAUCUCUCUGCCAAGGAGGGAUUACAAUGGCUGGAGGAGCCAGCUAGUGUUUGCAUCCAAGCUGAUCGCAGGGGUACUGGACUUCAAAGAUAAAAUCAAAACUGGGCAGCUGCCGGUGGACUACAUGCGAGGGAAGCCUCUGUGCAUGGAGCUCUACCCGCUCCUCUUCUCCUCCUGCAGGAUCCCCGGCCCCAAACACGACUACGUGGCCCACCACGGGCGCGCCCGCCGCUCGCCGACGCACAUCACGGUCGUCAGGAACUACCAGUUCUUCCAGUUGGAGGUUUACAACAGCGACGGCUCCCGAAUGACGGAGAGUCAGAUCCACGGCCAGCUGCUGAGGAUCCGCUCGCAGUCCUGGAAGACGGACAAAGAGCCGAUGGGCAUCCUGACCAGCGAGCACCGCCACACCUGGGGGGAGGCCUACAACCGGCUGCUGAGAGAUAAACUCAACAAGGAAUCGGUGCGGCUGAUAGAGACGGGACUUUUCUCCUUGUGUCUGGAUUCUCCUGUCAUGAGGAUAUCUGAUGAGAAGUAUUCCAGCCGAAAGGCCGCGCAGGUUCUGCACGGAGGCGGGACGUUCUCAAACAGCGGAAACCGCUGGUUUGAUAAAACGCUGCAGUUCGUGGUGGGCGAGGACGGCUCGUGGGGUCUCCUCUAUGAAGCAGCCACAGCUGAGGGUCCGCCCAUAGCAAAUCUCCUGCACCAUGUCCUCGAGUAUUGUGAGAAACCAGACCCAAAGAGAGCGCCGCUGGUCCCUCUACCGAUGCCCAAGAAGCUUUACUUCCACAUCGACCGAGAGAUCAAGCGGGACAUAGAGCACGCCAAGCAGAACCUCGACAUACUGAUCAACGACCUCGACGUGAACGUGUUUAACUUCAAGAGGUUUGGUAAGGAGCUUCCCAAGCAGCACAACCUGAGCCCCAACUCCUUCAUCCAGGUCGCCCUGCAGCUCGCCUACUACAGAGUCCACGCCGAGCUCGGGCCGGCCUGUGAUAUCGCCUCCCAGAGGAUGUUUCGAGGAGGGAGGACAGAAUACAUCCGCUCGCCCACAAAUGAAACACUAAAGUUCAUUCUUGCCUUCGGGGAUCCGUCCGUAACGCGAGAGGCAAAGCUCGAGUUGUUCCGAGAAGCCGUCAAUGCCUACUCGGCUCUGACCCUGAAGGUACUUGAGGGACACGGCGUUGACCUCCACCUGCUGGGGCUCAAGCUGCAGGCCAUCGAGGAGGGACUGAGCAUCCCCAAAAUCUUCAUGGACACAGCGUACGGCCUCGCAACUCACUGGAAACUUCGAACGGGACAGGUGCCAGCGAACACGGACAGCGUGAUGUGCUUUGGGCCCCUCGUUCCCGACGGUUACGCCAUUUGCUACAACCCCCAGGCCGACCACGUCCACUUCUCCAUCACCGCCUUCAACUGCUGCGAGGAGACGAACGCAGAAACGUUAGGCCUCACCCUGAAGGACACGUUGUGUCAGCUACAGGAGCUACUGCAGCCUACUGUGUAGCGCUGCUCCUGCAGAACGGCCAGCAGGGUGAACCCAUUCCUCCACAUUUGGGAAAAAUAGGCGUUAUUGUCUCAACACGACAUUUUGUAGAUGUUGUGUUGAGGUGUUGGUGUUUUUCUGUGCAUGUAGCACUUCACUAGAGCAAUUAAAUCUGAGCAAGUUUUCAAGACUGGACAUGCGUCUGUAUGGUGCUUUUGUUCUUUCUUUCUUUUGUGAGGAUUUUGAUCGAGCUAUAAAUCCCUUUCCUUUUACAGCAUGAGCUGAGCAGGCACUCUGUAUUAUAUUAGCCACGCUAUAUGCAACAUUUGUCUGUGAAAGCCCAACAAAGUCAACUCGACACUCUCAUUAAUCAAAACAAGCCAAAGCGUUUGUGUUGUAACUGACUACACUCCUUUACAAUCUAAGGGAUCAACUCGUACCCUAAACUGAUGAUGCACACGUUUCUUGUUCACUGCUAUCCGUCCAUCGACAAUUGUUUUUGGAAACCAUUGAUUGUGGUUGUCUGUUUGAAGUGGGGGGGGGCUUUUGUCUCUUUCCAGUGGAGCAACCGUAACUUCUGAAUGUACUUACUGUUUGUUGAAAUUAAUUUGAGGCUUUUGAUUGUGUGUCUGCACGGACUGGUUAUUAAAACCUGCUUUCACGUGA